AUGGCAACGGCGGCGGCUACCAAGGUCCCUGAAGUUCGGGAUGUUACCCGCAUUGAGCGCAUUGGUGCUCACUCUCACAUUCGAGGCCUUGGCUUGGAUGAUACCUUGGAACCCAGACAGGUGUCCCAGGGUAUGGUAGGCCAGUUGGCUGCCCGACGUGCUGCCGGUGUGAUCCUGGAGAUGAUCAAGGAGGGAAAAAUUGCUGGCCGGGCCGUCCUGAUCGCAGGCCAGCCGGGCACAGGGAAAACAGCCAUUGCCAUGGGGAUGGCUCAGGCGCUGGGGCUCGACACCCCCUUCACAGCUAUUGCCGGCAGCGAAAUCUUCUCCUUGGAGAUGAGCAAGACCGAGGCGCUGACUCAGUCCUUCCGACGCUCCAUCGGCGUCCGCAUCAAGGAGGAGACAGAAAUAAUUGAAGGAGAAGUGGUGGAGAUCCAGAUAGACCGCCCAGCCACCGGCACGGGCACCAAGGUGGGGAAGCUGACCUUGAAAACGACCGAAAUGGAGACCGUCUAUGACCUGGGCACCAAGAUGAUCGAGUCCUUGACCAAGGAGAAAGUGCAGGCCGGAGACGUCAUCACUAUUGACAAAGCCACGGGGAAGAUUACCAAACUGGGACGCUCCUUCACCCGGGCUCGGGAUUACGACGCCAUGGGCUCACAGACUAAAUUUGUACAGUGCCCCGACGGAGAGCUGCAGAAGCGCAAGGAAGUGGUGCACACUGUCUCCCUGCACGAAAUCGACGUCAUCAACAGCCGCACGCAGGGCUUCCUGGCUCUCUUCUCUGGUGACACAGGAGAGAUAAAGUCAGAGGUGCGGGAGCAGAUCAACGCCAAGGUAGCGGAGUGGCGAGAGGAGGGCAAAGCAGAGGUGAUCCCCGGGGUCCUGUUCAUCGACGAGGUCCACAUGCUGGACAUCGAGUGCUUCUCCUUCCUGAACCGGGCCCUGGAGAGCGACAUGGCCCCUGUCCUCAUCAUGGCCACCAACCGAGGCAUCACCAGGAUUCGUGGCACCAACUACCAGAGCCCCCACGGGAUCCCGAUUGACCUGCUCGAUCGCCUUCUCAUUAUCUCCACCUCCCCGUACAGUGACAAGGAGACCAAGCAGAUCCUGAAGAUUCGGUGUGAAGAGGAGGACGUGGAGAUGAAUGAAGACGCUUACACAGUGUUGACCCGCAUCGGCUUGGAGACCUCCCUGCGCUACGCCAUCCAGCUGAUCACGGCAGCCAGCCUGGUGUGCCGCAAGCGGAAGGGCACAGAGGUUCAAGUGGACGACAUCAAACGCGUGUACUCCUUGUUCUUGGACGAAUCCCGCUCCACUCAGUACAUGAAAGAAUACCAGGAUGCCUUUAUGUUCAAUGAACUCAAGGGGGAGACCAUGGACACAUCAUGAUGCGGCUUUGGAGACCAGAGUCUAGUUGUGUGUACAAAUGAAUGUUUGCUUU